AUGCCUUCUGAAGUACAGGGUAUGCCAGGCCUGAGGCACCCCAGACAAUGGACGCAGUGCAAUCUUCUGCAGGGCGGCAUGGGUGGAAAGCAGGAGCAGCACUGCUCGGGUAGUGGCCAUGGAAGCAGCACCUUGCUCCCUCAUACCAUCAUCAAUGAAUUUCCAGAGUAUGGCACUGUAGAGCCAAGCGGAGACGCGCUGAGGGCUUCGUCGCCGCACCAGGCAGAGCCUGUGACAUGCGGUCCAGAAAGAUGGGACAGUCACCACCAGGUGCCUGUCAGGCCCCUUCCUCAGCGAGUGGCUCCUGCAGACAAUUUGAGACCUGACACUGGGGCAGCACAGCUGCACACCCCAGAAGAAGGUUUGCAGCUUGCGGGUAACCUGCCAGAGAUUAUGAAAAUCUCUCGACGGCUGGAAGCAGCAAAGGUGCAAGAGAGAGCAAAUACUUCUCUUGAUUCAGAGACGCAAAUGGAAAAAAAGAGUGUUACUGGCAGCCAGAAUGUUCAGGCAGCCAGAGAACCAGUUCCAGCAGGCCAAGAAAAACCCUCAGACAUGCCUCUUCCAUCUGAACGAACAGCUGAGGAAAAAAUGGAUUUGAUUGUAGAGAAAGAUCUGGCUGCAAUAUGGACUGAAGAAAAGCAGUCCGAGUCCUUGCAAGUCAUCAGUAAUAAAGCUGAGGAGGUCCACGCAGCGCAGGAGACAAGCUGUCAUAGACCAUCUGUGACAAACCUGGAAACAGCCAGCAGAGUGGAGGGGUGGGCGCAUUUUGAGGAGUUUUCAGCGUACAGUCAAGGCAAAAUGCAAAUGGGUCCUGAGAGGAGGCUCUCUAAAGAGGCAGCUGUGAGCAAACAUGUAGAAUUUCAAGGGGUGGAGAUUUUAUGGCUGCAAAAAGCCGAGGAGCAGAGAAGAAAGAAGCACUCACUGCUGGAGACUGUGUCCGUGGAGAGGAAGACGUUCCCCAAAACAUCCAGCUACCCUGUGCCACCGAUGGUCUCCCCAGGCUUGGUCUCCUCACCAGACAGCACUUGGAGUGAGGUCUGUGAGGAGCUGAGGCUGGGACCCACUGCCUCUGGAGCCACCUCUCUGGCGCUGCUCGAUGAAAGCGGGGAGGAUGAAGUUUUUGUGAAGGACAAGAACCACGGCAAGGAGGAGACAGCUGUGCUAGCGAGAGGCCAGGGCAGGAUGAUGGAGGAGGGUGAAGCAGCCACGGGAGGAUAUGAAGAUGUCUUUGGGCAGAGGCACUCCGACAUCUCCACUGAUCUGUACAGCUCACAGUUCGAAAACAUCCUAGACAAUGCAUCUUUAUACUACAGCGCAGAGUCACUAGAGACGUUGUACUCGGAGCCUGAUAGCUACUUCAGCUUUGAGAUGCCACUCACUCCCAUGAUCCAGCAGCGCAUGAAGGAGGGCGGCCAGUUUUUAGAUCGGACAUCAGCCUCUGGGCAGCCAGAUGUCCUGCAGCUUCCCCCUGAUGGGGAGGUGAAGCGCUGCACUGAAGGCAUCACCAAUGGAUUAAGGGAUAUUAGUGAAACACUCUUCAGAGGAGAUGUCACGGAAGUCCCUCAUUUGGCAAGCAAUGCUGAACUGCAGAAUAUGGUGUUAGACUCCAGUGCUGCCAUGGGAAGCAAUGAACUUCAGAAUAAAGAUGCCGCUGGAGCCCUUGGCCACGAUCUCAGCAAUGGCAGCAACAGCGAUUUGGAAGCAGCCAGGCGGCUGGCUAAGCGCCUCUACCACCUGGACAGAUUCAAACGCUCUGAUGUGGCAAAGCAUUUGGGUAAAAACAAUGAAUUCAGCAAGCUUGUGGCCGAAGAAUACCUUAAGUUUUUUGACUUCACAGGCAUGACGCUGGACUACUCGCUCAGGACUUUCUUUAAAGCCUUUUCACUUAUUGGAGAAACUCAGGAACGAGAGAGAGUUUUAAUCCACUUCUCCAGCAGAUACUACCAGUGCAACCCAAACACCAUUUCUUCUCAAGAUGGAGUUCACUGUCUCACGUGUGCCAUGAUGCUGCUGAACACAGACCUGCAUGGCCAUGUGAACAUUGGGAAAAAGAUGACCUGCCAAGAGUUCGUUGCUAACCUCCAAGGGAUGAACGAUGGCAAAGACUUUCCAAAAGGGCUCUUGAAGGCCCUCUACAAUUCAAUCAAGAAUGAGAAGCUGGAAUGGGCAGUGGAUGAAGAAGAGAAAAAAAAGUCUCACUCAGAUGGUACAGAUGAAAAGGAUAAUGGGAGCCAGACGAAGGCUGUCAGUCGAAUUGGCAACUCAAACAACCCGUUCCUGGACAUCCCUCAUGACCCCAGUGCCGCUGUGUAUAAAACUGGAUUUCUGGCUAGGAAAAGCCAUGCAGAUAUGGAUGGAAAGAAAACUCCCCGGGGAAAGCGAGGCUGGAAAACCUUUUAUGCUGUGCUGAAGGGAACGGUCCUGUACUUGCAGAAGGAUGAAUAUAAGCCAGAAAAGGCUUUGUCAGAGGAAGAUCUGAAGAAUGCAGUUAGCGUGCAUCAUGCGCUGGCAUCCAAGGCAACAGACUAUGAGAAGAAACCAAAUGUCCUCAAGCUUAAAACAGCAGAUUGGAGGGUCCUGCUUUUCCAAGCCCAGAGCCAAGAAGAAAUGCAGACCUGGAUCAACAAGAUUAACUGUGUGGCUGCUGUCUUCUCUGCACCACCAUUUCCAGCAGCAAUUGGCUCUCAGAAGAAGUUCAGUCGCCCGCUUCUGCCAGCCACCACAACAAAGCUAUCUCAGGAUGAACAGCUGAAAUCCCAUGAAGCUAAGCUGAAGCAGAUUUCCACUGAACUUGCUGAACAUCGCUCCUAUCCUCCUGACAAGAAGCUCAAAGGCAAGGAGGUAGAUGAUUACAAACUGAAGGACCACUAUCUGGAGUUUGAGAAAAAUCGGUAUGAGAUUUACGUUGGCCUCCUGAAAGAAGGGGUGAAGGAGCUGCUGAGUGGAGGAGAGAAUGAUGCACCAGGACUGAAGAAAUCCCACUCGAGUCCCUCGUUGAAUCAGGAGUCUCCAGUUAGUGCCAAGGUGAAACGCAAUGUCUCGGAGAGGAAGGACUACAGGCCAGAAACACCCAGCAUUAAGCAGAAGGUCACUUAG